AUGUCUUCUACUCGUACAAUAUUCAUCGAAAAUGGCCUACCUAUCUUGGAGGAUCAUGCUUCUUCUAACGGACACGCAUGGUGGGUGACGGUGAAAUUCCUAGAAGAAGAGGUCAAACUCUCUGAUGUGAAAUUGAUGGAUAUCGUGAUUGAACGUCUUCAAAAUAAAUUAUUUGAAGUUACUCAGGGUGAUGCCAUGCAUCACCAGCAAAAGUUGUACGUAUCAUUUCCGGCAGAUAUAACCGUUCCCAUGCAUGAAUGGUUCAAGCUCGCCCUCGAAUAUGCAGAGCAGUAUAAGGAGGAUAUUAUUGCUGGCAAUGUUUCUAUUGAUUUUGAAUAUGUUUUUGGUCUAGGCUCACCUGGUAGUCGUUGA